AUGGAGAGCUUUUAUCAAUUACUUCUGCUACUUGGAAUCUUCAUAGUUGCAUUGCCAAUGCAUUCUUCUUCGUCACCACCUACAAGGCUUUUUCAAUUCAAUGUUGAGUGGAGGAACGUAACACGUUUGUGUCACACGAAGUCUCUUCUAACAGUGAACGGGAAGUAUCCUGGGCCAACUAUUAUCGUCCAUGAAGGGGACAAUGUCCAAGUUAAGGUCAAUAAUCGAAUACCCAGAAACACUACCAUCCAUUGGCAUGGCGUAAGGCAGCUGCAAACGGGAUGGGCGGACGGGCCAGCAUACAUAACCCAAUGCCCAAUUGGAGCAGGCAAAUCCUAUACAUACAAAUUCACGGUAAUUGAUCAAAGGGGUACCCUUUUGUGGCAUUCCCAUUUUUCAUGGCAACGUGCAUCAGUUUAUGGGGCUUUCAUCAUUUACCCUCGCAUGCCAUAUCCAUUUAGUCCCACUCCGGUUCGACCUGAUAUUCCUGUCAUCUUUGGUGAAUGGUGGAAUGGAGAAGUUGAAGCAAUUGAAAAUGACAUGAUGUUGUAUGGUGGUGGACCUAAUUCUUCUGAUGCUUACACGAUUAAUGGUUUACCCGGGCCAUUGUACCCCUGUUCUAACAAAGAUACAUUCAUCCAGAGAGUUGAACCAGGCAAAACAUACUUGCUAAGAAUCAUUAAUGCAGCUCUAAAUUCUGAGUUUUUCUUUGCUGUGGCAAAUCAUACAUUAACUGUUGUAGAAAUUGAUGCUGUCUAUACCAAACCCUUUGAAACAUCAGCCAUAAUGAUUGCCCCUGGACAAACAACAAACGUACUGUUGACAGCAAACCAAAUCCCAGAUUCCACAAACAUGUUUGUCAUGGCUGCUAGGCCUUAUCUCACUUCAGUUUUCCCAUUUGAUAAUUCAAUCACUAUUGGCUUCUUGAAAUAUAAAACCUCGAAUUUCAAGAAGGAAAAGCAGACUCCAAUGCUACUGCCAGUGCCACCGUUACCUCAUAAUCUCCCUCCAAUGGAGGACACGGGAUUCGCCACGCGUUUCUUGAAUGGACUCCGCAGUCUUUCAUCAGCCGAAUAUCCGUGCAGAGUUCCCAAGAAAGUCGACAGACGAGUCAUCACGACUAUAAGCCUAAAUCUGCAAGAUUGCGCUCCCAAUCAAACAUGUAAAGGCUAUAGAGGCAAAAGAUUCUACGCAUCGAUGAACAACCAAUCAUUCAUUCGUCCUUCCAUGUCGUUACUCGAAACACAUUACAAGAAACUCGGGGCAGGACUUUCCUUAAACUUCCCGGGAAAGCCACCACACGAAUUUAACUACACUGGCGUGGAUCCCCUGUCGGAAAACAUGAAUACUGAGUUUGGCACGAAACUUAUCGAGGUACCUUAUGGCACAAGACUAGAAAUAGUGCUACAAGAUACAAACUUUAUGAAUCCAGAAAACCAUCCAAUCCAUGUUCAUGGACACAAUUUCUUUGUCGUUGGAAGGGGAUUCGGGAAUUUCGAUUCUUCCAAUGAUCCAAGUUAUUACAAUCUGGUGGAUCCUCCAGAGAGGAACACAGUGGCAGUUCCAAUGGGAGGGUGGGCUGCAAUUAGGCUAAAUGCAGACAAUCCAGGAGUAUGGUUUAUACAUUGCCAUCUUGAAGAACAUACAACUUGGGGUUUAGCCAUGGGAUUUAUAGUUGAAAACGGACCAAAACCGUCGCAGUGUGUGCUUCCACCUCCUAGUGAUUUGCCCGCCUGCUGA